AUGGCAUGGACGGAGCACCCGGGGAACCAGGAACGCCUGGAGAGCCUGGCCUACCAGGAAUCGUACCACCUGUUGAGCCCAGUACCAGUGGAUGCCGCUCGUGCCCUCCUGGAAGUAAAGGACCGCCAGGCUACCCCGGACAGCCAGGUCCGCAAGGAUUGCCUGGUCCGGAAGGACCGCCAGGAACGGAGGGUCGCCCAGGAGCAGAGGGUCCUCCUGGUCCCCAUGGACCGAUGGGUCCGAUGGGUGAAAGCGGCAAGGACGGUGAGCCUGGUCCUCCAGGACAGGAGGGCAUACACGGCGAGAAAGGACCUCCGGGACCUCCUGGUGAAAAUGGUUUGGUCGGCUCUCCAGGUAAUACUGGACAUCCUGGACCACCUGGACAACCGGGACCUGUUGGUAUCCCUGGAAAACCAGGACCAGAUGGAGAAGCAGGCAUGCCCGGAUUCUUUGGCGCUAUCGGAAAGCCUGGUGAACCAGGAGCACCUGGAGAAGACGCUAACUACUGCCGCUGCCCAGGUCGUCGCAAAGGUGGCAGUCUCAGGCGAUUCAGCUAGGAACCUUUUCAAUUUGUGCCUGAAAAUAAUUUUCACGACUAAAUAA